AUGGAUGAUGUCCUAUCACGUUACAUUCAAAAAGUAUUCAGUUCCUGGACUGUAUUGCGUAUUGCCGAACAACAGCGUAGUGGCGGAAUGGACACGCCAGAGAAGAUUAGAAAUCUUGUCACCUACAUCAUGGGACAGCUUGCAAGGCAAAUGCGACCAGACGAUAUUGCCGAAUGCUUGGAUGAAUACCUCAGUCGAGUUUUGAACAUAGUGUGUGAAGAUGACAGUCAGUUUGACGUGGCCGACCUUAUCCAUGAGGCGUAUUCUCUCCACUUGGAUGGGAAGGUAGAUCGAAUCAUUGAGCUAACUGCAAAAGUCCCUCCGGGAUGCGACUUGACCUCGUGCUCCUUACAAGUAGCCUGUGACGAAUCGGAACCCUCAAGCCCCUCAGAAGGGGAUGAUGAUGAUGGUGAUGAUGAUGACAGCAACGACUUAGACGACGACCCCCAUCCUCUGUAA